AUGUCGCAUUCGUCAGCCAAGAUCAAGUCGGAUUUGAACUCAUUGGCCCGCAAGCCGAGAAAGAGCACACGCUCGACUAGGCGACUGGAAGACAUUGAUUUCCGCGAAGACAGUCAAGUUAAUUACACGGACGAAGACGAUUGUGAACUCGACCUGAAGGCGGAUGACCAGACAAUUCGUAGGUCAAAGAACAAAAAGAGAAGUUCUUCUCCUGACGAGGAGGAGAUUCUAUAUGAGACACAUACGACCACUGACGACAAGGACACUAUUCUCUUCGAAACGCUGCGACAGAACAUAGAUAAGCUUUUUGACUCCGAUUUGACGAAACUGGGACCAGACAAGGAGUUUUGGGAAGCGUGUUGCCGUCAAUUAAGAAUUGAUCCGGCGGCAAGGCCAUCCUUUAGGCAGUCCAUCCUAAAGAAGAAACCCAAGACACGUAUUCCCGAUGACGCCUUGAUACAGGAGUGGUGGCUGCUGUGGGAUUGCUGGAACAUGGAAUUCCUCUGCCAUAAAAUCGCGACCUCAGUCAGCACACGUUCAACUGAAGAAAACGUGCCCGGAGCUGAUGAUCCUGAGAGUCACAAGAUGCUCGUUUCCAAUUUAUGGAUAGCGGUACAGGCUUUGAAAACGAAGCUGCGUGAGGAUCAUUCUUCGAAGGAUUUGAAUGCUAUUCAGUCCAUAGAGAUGGAUCUCAGCAACAGUGACGAGUAUCAUGAUGUCAACGGCAACGAAUCAGACAGCGCACAAGAGGGAUCAGUGACUUCGCGACUGUCGCCUUACCAAGACAAGCCCAGUGACCUGGAAGGAAUACUGACGCUCGUGAAUGAUAAUAUCGAGCAGCGAUGGGUGAAAGGCAUGUUGGCAAAGCUCGGUAUUCCGAAAGAGAUACCCAAACUCGAGACUUUUGAGGUCCUGCUGCACCAGGGAAAAGCCGUAUUGGAAAAGCUGCCCCAAAUUUCGAGCAUUGAACUGGGCACACCUGCUAGUCGCACUGGUUGCCCAAAUGGAUCGCCAGUCCCUGGGAGGAGCACGCAAGAUUCCGAUAAGGAACUGCAUGACUUUCCGUCCGAGACCCCAACUUCUGCUAGCCCUUCUGCCAGCAGCUCCGGAAAGUCUACUGCUGCUGCAUGCAACACUCCACAAUCAUCGUCGCCACCGCCGACUGCAUCGCCGCCAAAGCCGUUUGCACAACCGUCUUCACAAACGUUUGCACAAUUGAUGGGAUUGUCAAAGACGUCUCGCCCGAGUCCCAAGGCUGUGGCAAGAGAGUUACAGUCACGAAAUCUUCAGAGUGGCACGGGGCACAACAAGGCGUCCAAGCCGAUGCCAAAGAGGUCAGACGAUGACAAUUGUAGCCAAGAUGCAGCCGACACGCCCCUCGAAAGGCAGAGGCGGGAAGAGACACACCCUCACUUGCGCGCGGCGACCGAAAAUUACCAGCGCAACAAAAAGAAGGUCAACAGAGGUGACAUAGUAUUGAAGCCCUCACACCUUGUCCCUCAGACUAUGUGGAAGCCUGUGACUGGUACUGGUGCUCAGAAAGGGAAAAAGGUGGCAUCCAACACGAGCAACAUGCUUUCGCACCAUCUUCCUGUCCAUGACCAGCCACAUCCAACUGCUGCUUCGAGUUCUAAGGCCGCUGUUCAUAAAGACAAUCAUGGUUCUGAUUGGGAUUCAAACUGUACGGAAUGCAUUUUCCCAUCUGACCUCUACGAUGAAGACGACAACUCGAACGAAAAUGAUACUGAGACCCAGACUGACACCAUUUUUGCGACAGCUAGUCCCAUCAAAACAGAUAGAGCAGGCAGCCGCGGUGUCUCAGACGACAAUAUACCUGAGCAUGACGAAGACAGGUAUUUCGCCACAACCCCAACCCCAUCGUCUCCCCCCUCGAGCAUCCCAGGAGCCAGUGUCAAUGAGACAACCUCUCGCGGUGCAAGAAGGGAGAAGCAGAAGUUGAAGGCGAUGAGAGAGAGACGGAAAAGGAAUCGUAGAAUGACCAGAGAGGGGCAAAGUGUGCAGCCGUCAAGUCCUCAUGCAAAGCCUGUUCGCAUAGAGCAUGUUCGGUCGCCGACUUCUGUCAGGACCAAGCAACCCCAAAGCAGUAACAACCAGUCGCUGGCAAACCACGUCUCCUCAGACAUACAGAACGGUUCCAAUGAUCGAUCCAAAAAACGGAAGGCAAGCUCUCUUGUCGAAACGAUCAUUCCACAGGAGACACCUGACAACUCUGUCCAGGUGGCCAAGAAGCAGAAGAGGACCAGAUCGCGGAAAAGAGCUGAGCGGAAGGCCAUGAACGAAAAACUUGAGACAUUACAGAGGCAAAUAGAAGGGUUAGAGCAGAAGCUUUCUACCUUCCAACAGGCGAGUUUGUAG